CACUCACACACGUCUAUGCCAUCCACGGACCAUGGUGUGCCCUCUACUUAUCCUCCUCUCGGCUACCUCCACCAUUCCUCUGCUCAGCUCGAACGAACAAAAAGGACUCACCUCGGCCCUCUCCUCUUGUGCUUCUGCUUCCCCACCGAGUCUCCUCAACCCCAGGCACUCGCCCUCUGUCCCCUCCCUUCCUCGCCUCCGAUGCCGCCGCCGCCGCCGCUCCUCGAGCCGCGCGACUACCUCGGCGCCGGCGCCACCUCGUCGUGCUGCUCGUCGUGCUGCUCCUCCGGCCGCGAGGGCGCGGGGCCCCACCUCGCGCUGCGGCUCGGGCUUCCGGGGUCCGACGACUCCCCCGGCCGCGGCGCGGACACGGAGCACGCCCGCGCCCACGUCGACGCCGCGCUCACCCUCGGCCCCGGCCCCGGCCCCGCGCCUCCCAGGGGCAGCGCCAAGCGCGGGUUCGCCGACUCCCUCGACCGGUCCGCGAAGCUGGACGGCGUUGCCGCGGAUGACGCUGCUGGGGGCGUCACGCGGGUAGCUGGAGCUGCUGCCGGAGCUCCGCCCGCUGCCAAUGCCAUGGACAGGGCACAAGUUGUUGGAUGGCCGCCUGUUAGGAGCUACCGGAAGAAUACCCUAGCUGCCAGUGCCACAAAGACAAAUGGGGGAGAUGAAGGUAGGAGUGAGGCGGGAUGCUGUUAUGUCAAGGUCAGCAUGGAUGGAGCCCCAUACCUAAGGAAGGUGGACCUCAAGACCUAUUCAAGCUAUGAGGAUCUCUCGCUUGGUCUGGAGAAAAUGUUCAGUUGCUUCAUCACUGGUCAAAACAGUUCAUGCAAGACUUCAAGAAGGGAUAGGCUUACUGAUGGUUCUAGGGUUGAUGCCCUUCAGGACCAAGAAUAUGUCCUUACUUACGAAGAUAAAGAUGCUGACUGGAUGCUCGUUGGUGAUCUGCCCUGGGACUUGUUCACCACAUUUUGCCGGAAACUUAGGAUCAUGAGAGGCUCUGAUGCUGCUGGCAUGGCUCCUCCAAGACCACCGGAACAGACAGUUCGGAACAAAUGAGGGCGGACAGCUUACUUACCUGGCGCUGAACUGAAGGGAGAGCGACGCUGCCUUGGUCAGGCCUUCUUUCACUUGUGCAGUGGGAUCUGCGUCCUGCUGUCUCGGACGCCCAUUUUGCCCACGAGCUGGUCGUCACGUGCUGUCGCUUUUUGUCUGGGAAAGAUAGCGUACUGCUUGCUGUAUGAUACUUUCAUCUGUGUUCGGAAGUUUGUAGCGCUUCAUAUCCUGGAAGGGAGUAAAGAAAAUGUCCAUGCUGUCCGGUGAGAAUUUCUUUCCC